AUGGUUAGUCGUCAUGCUUUUGAAGCUGUUGAUCGUACAUUUGGGGACAUAUUGAAAAAUACAGAACAUUGUUCAGAGGAUAGGGUUUUUGGUGGAAAACUAUUUGUGCUUGGUGGUGACUUUAGACAAAUAUUGCCUGUCGUACCUAGAGGUGGGCGUGAACAAACAGUGGAAGCUUCAUUACCUAAGUCAACAAUUUGGGAGCAUUGUCAAGUUUUGCAUCUUACCAGAAAUAUGCGUGUUACAGCACAAGAUAUUUCUAAUCAUACGCGUCAUGAAUUAUGUGACUUUGCAAAGUGGAUUAAAUUGAUACCAGAAAAAUUUGUUAUAAAAAAUGAAGAAAGAGAUUUGCACCAGUUAAUCGAUACCACCUAUCCUGAUUUCAUAAAUAACUAUCAAGAUAUGUCGUACUUAAAAGAACGAGGCAUUUUAGCUCCUAAAAAUAGUGAUGUUGAUGAAAUCAAUUCUAUUAUGCUUUCGAUGCUUCCUAUAGAGAUGAAAACUUUUAACAGUGCCGAUAAAUUGUGUCCAACAGAAAGUGAGAGCAAUGUUCAAGACAUGAACCCUCCUGAACUUUUGCAUUCUUUGAAUUUACCAAGACUUCCAAAUCAUUGUUUGCAGUUGAAAGUUGGAACACUAAUAAUGCUUCUAAGAAAUGUCAACCAAUCUUUGGGAUUAUGCAAUGGCACUCGAUUAAUUGUUGAUAAGAUGGGAAAUCGAGUAAUUGAAGCUAGAGUUAUUACAGGGUCUAGAGUUGGUGAGAAAGUACUACUUUCACGUAUUGUUUUAACACCUUCCAAAAAUCAUACUCCUUUUACAAUGAAAGGAAGGCAAUUUCCAAUAAAGUUGGCAUUCGCUAUGACAAUAAAUAAGAGUCAAGGGCAAACUUUGAAGAAUGUGGGCCUUUAUCUUCCGAAUCCAGUCUUCUCUCAUGGCCAGCUGUAUGUAGCUCUAUCACGUGUCACCUCCCCAUCAGGCUUAAAGGUGUUGAUUGUUAAUAAACAAGGCAUACCGGAUGAUGUCACCAAAAAUAUAAAUAUGCGGCCUCCUCUAAAUUUGCGCCGUAGUGAUCGUUUGGUGAUGCAAAAUGCCAUAAAUGAAUUUGAAACUGUACCACAUAAAGAGCGUUUACGG